GGACAUGUCCCUCGGCGAGCUGAUCUACUUUCCGGUCCAGGCCAAGGGCCUGCAGCUCGCGAUUCUGGCCGAGGCGAGCGGGCUCGAGUGGACCGGCUUCACGGUCGACAAGUCGCCUGCAGGGCCAAAGAGCUGGCCCGCGAUCAAGGCGUCGGGCGCUUCGCCGUUUGGGCAGCUCCCUAUGCUGCGCACGCCAGGCGGGCGCGUGGUCGGCCAGAGCGUCGCGAUCGCGAACUACAUCGCGCACCGCGCCUCGAUGCACGGCGCGGGCGACGACGACUUUGCGCUCUCGCAGAUGUGCCUGGCGGAGGGCGAGGACCUCUACUCGCUCCUCCUCGGCGCGGAGCUGGCCCGCUGGAAGCCGCGCGAGGUGCGCGCUGCCAAGGCGGCGGCGGUUCGCGGCCUCAUCGCCACGACGGUGCCAGACCACCUCGCAAAGCUGGAGGCGCUGUGCGCGGCGCCGCUGGGCUUCACCUCGACCGGUCAGACGGCGGGCGAGCUGUACCUGUUCGGCAUGCUCUACCAGACCGCCGCUGUGGCGGGGGCCGCCUCCCUCGACGCCACCCCGCGGCUCAAGGCGUGGUUCGACCGGACCAAGGCGCUGCCCGCCGUUGCAAAGGUGCUGGAGGGGCGCUCGGCCAUCGGCUCCCUCGGCCAGUACUUUAUGAACGACGCGGACUAUGACCGAUUCAACGCCGCGUGAGGAGGGGAGAGGCGGGGCGGUGGGUGGGGGGCGCCAAACGAGGGAUGAGACACAGAGGCAGGGCGGAGAGGAAGGACAUGGCGCGCUUGCGCCAGUCCCCGGCAAUCGGCCUUGCGCUACAAGCCUCGCCUGGCCGCUGCCCUCAUGUCGACCCGAGCGCUAUGCGAUUUUAUCAAAACGUGU